AUGGUGUCCCUGAGCGACUUCCAGCGGAUCGGAGUGGGCCUGGUUGGCUUCGGCCUCUUCUUCCUCCUCUUUGGGAUCCUCCUGUACUUCGACUCGGUGCUCCUGGCUUUUGGGAAUCUCCUCUUCCUCUCCGGCUUGGUCUUCAUCAUCGGCUUCCGGAGGACCUUCACCUUCUUCUUCCAGCGGCCCAAGCUGAAGGGCACCAGCUUCUUCUUCGGGGGGCUCAUCGUGGUCCUCAUGCGGUGGCCGAUCCUGGGCAUGCUGCUGGAGGCCUACGGCUUCAUCUCCCUCUUCAGGAGCUUCUUCCCGGUGGCGUUUGGGUUUUUGGGCUCGCUGGCAAACAUCCCCCUGCUGAGCCAGCUCCUGCAGAAAAUGGGGGACAGCGGCUCCAUGGUGUGA